UCUCAAGAAAGAUAUUGACAACUGCAGACUACUGAAGGAUGAACUGCAACACCUCAGUAAAGCUGUACAGGGCCUUUGUGAUAAGAGCAAGAAAGACCUUGAGUUUAUAGCCAGCAGGAAAUGUUUGGACAAGAUACACGAGUUUGAGUCAUAUCUGAAGGAGAAUCCACUGAAGGUUCAGAGUCAAUUGAUAUUCCAGGCAAACACUGACCUUGUACAGUACCUGACUAAACAGUCUUGUCUAGGAAGGAUUCUCACAAUCAAGCUUAAUCCAGACCAGGUGUUGAGUGUGAAGAAAAAGUCCGAGUUUAAUGUCAACAUAUCAAGUGACAAAAGUCAGACUUGCUUUGUGAUUGGCAUGUGCAGCCUUCCUAGUGGUCAUGUCAUUAUUGCAGAUAAUCUUAAUGAGAACGUGAAACUUUUGGACCAGCAUUACAAGGUGUCUAGUCACUGUGAUUUGUCUUCUCCUCCAACGGACAUUUGCCAAAUCACAUCUAGUGAGGUAGCUGUGUCUCAUGUUAAUGGAGGUGUGCAGUUUAUAUCUGUGAGAAAUGGGCAGCUAGUGAAAGGGAGGAAAUUUCAAUUACCACAUAAAGCUGAAGGUAUUGCCCAUCAUAAGGGAACAUUGUAUGUCACCUCUGGCAAGGCUCUCUACCACUACGCACUUACUGGGACACUAAUAAAAAAGCUUUAUGAGAAUACAGAACAUGAACAUGCAGUGUUCAAAUGUGCAGUGAGUCUUGCUGGUGACCGUUUAUAUGUCAUCAACGCCCAUCACAAGCUGUGCACACUGGCCACAGAUGGCAGUCUGUUAUCCACCAUCAUUACCCCUUUUCCAUUUUGUGUACACAUCACACCUGCAGGGCAAGUUCUUGUCUGUGGAUUAGACUCCCACACUGUCAUACAAGUGGAUCAUGAGGGGAGAAAGGAACUGGUAACUCUGGCUUCACAGAAAGAUGGAUUAAUCAAACCAGUGUCUAUCUGCUGCAACACCAGCAUUCAACAGAUAAUUGUGGGGCUUCAUAAUAACAAUACAAUCAUGGUAAUGAAAUUGCAAUAGCUCAUUUAAUAGAAACAAACAUAGAUAUAAACACGGUUAUAAAUGUAAAUACUCAUUUGCUUACAAAUAACCUAAUGUUAAAAAGUUGUAUUAAUACACAAAAGAUUGUACCAUUUCACACACACAUAUGAAAACUUUCUAUGUUGACUCUGAUUCGUUCUUUUGUCUGGCUUCAUGUCAGCGGUCAUUUGCCACAAAACAAAUUUUAUAAUUUAUGUACGGCUAUAUAUAUCUUGCUUUAAGUAAUUAAUGAGAUUUAUAAUGUUUUUAUUAUUUAUAUAUUCUGAUUAAUAUGUUUAAUACGAUUUAUACUCUUGAGCAAUUAUGGAGAGAAGAUAUAUUUUGUCAUUAUUUUUUUAAUGUAAAUAUUAUAUAUUGUAUAUCUUAUCUUACGGUGUGUGUUUUUGUGCCAUUGGUGGCUGGAGCAAUAAAUUAUUGCAAGUAAAAAAAAAUGGCUUUUUUAUAAAUAUUCAAAUUAUUGAUUUAAACAUGAACAUUAGUGUCUCUUUUCAAUGAUUAUUAAAUUAUCUUUUCUAAAGUUUCUAUCAAUAUAUGUUGAAUAAAAAGAGUAAAAUUGAACAUGUAUUUUGUAUAUUUUCUUGUUAUUAUAUAUAAAAUAAUUGUUAAAAAAACAAAUCAUGGUGAACUUUCAAUUUCUGUAUCUAUAUUUUUAU